AUGGCUACCCCUAGUGUCCUCGCUUUUGACGCUGAGGGUCGGGCCAUUGACUUUGACGUCUGGGUAGAUGACCUGCAGCUUUUCCUACAAUGCGACAGGGCAGACGGUCUCUCCCUCUUUGACCUCACCUCUGGUGCCUCUCCUACCCCUGCUGCUGAUGCUGACGCCACUGUUCGCUCACAGUGGGCCACACGCGAUGCUGCUGCACGUCUUGCUGUGCGUCGCCACCUGCCUACCUCUCAGCGUGCGCACUUUAGCCAGUACAAGAGUGCUCAGACCUUGUACCACGCUGUAGUUGCGCGCUACUCCUCCCCUGCCACUGCUGCACUGAGCCGCCUCAUGCUACCGUACCUCUUUCCUGACCUUGCUGCCUUUCCCACAGUCGUUGACCUCAUUACGCAUCCCCGCACUAGUGACACUCGCUACCGCGCUGCGCUUCCUGCUGAGUUCUGCGCCAAGAACCCCCCCCCCCCCCCCCCCAUGUACAUCACCCUCUACUACAUAGUCACCCGACUCCCUGACUCUCUCCGCGUAGUGAGGGACCACUUCCUCUCAAUUUGCCCCACCACUCUCACCGUUGACCUCCUCGAGAAGGCCCUCCUAGCAGCAGAGAAGAGCAUAGUCGCUGUAGGAGCCUCUCGUGGUGACCCUCGCACCCCCGUCUUUGAGGGGUGUUCCCCCUCCCCCCUUUUGCCCUCUGUUGCCUCUGCUGCUGCGGCCGACCUCGUUGGUUUCGAGUCGGUCGGCGCUGCGUCUGCCCUGAGCAGGAGACGCCGCACCGGCAAGGGCAAAGGGGACAAGUGUGCUGGAGGGGCUGGCGGGGGUGGCGGAGGUGGCGGUGGAGGGAGUGGAGGGGGUGGGGGUGGUGGUGGGAGUGGUGGCGGGGGUGGAGGUGUCGGUGGCGGCAGUGGAGGCGGAGGCGGUGGCGGCGGUGGCGGUAGGAGCGGAGGUGGCGGAGGUGGCGGCGGUGGAGGAGGCGGCGGCAGAGGAGGUGGAGCUGGUCAGGGUGGUGCUGCGCAGAGGGUCGGCUCCGGUGGUGGUCAGCGCCAGCAGCAGCAGCAGCAGCGCACUCGUGACAUCCCCCCACCUCAGCAGCUCCGUGAGUGGUACGCUGCACGCCAGCGGGGUGGGGGUACUGGUCCGUGCACCUACGUCCUACGCACCGGCGACCGCACGGUGAUGAGGGUGACUGUUACCGGUGUUCCGCCCGACCCGGGCAUUGAGAUUGCUGCUCUAGGUAAUGGUGAGGCUGCUGCUCUAGGUGCUAGCGAGGCUGUUGCUCUAGGUUCUCAUGCGUCUGCUCCCUCAGGUGCUGGUGAGUCUGCUCUCUUAGGUACUACGUCGGCUUCGGCCUCCCACACCUUCACCCUUGACUCGGGGACUUCUCGCUCCUUCUUUCGAGACCGCACCUCACUCACGCCGCUUGGCCGGCCAGAUGCAAUCUCUCUGGCAGACCCUUCUGGGGGUCCUGUCCUUGCUCACUUCUCCACUGUCCUCCCGUGUCCGGCGGCCCCCUCUGGCACCCUGUCUGGUCUUUACCUCCCCUCAUUCUCUACGAACUUGGUGAGUGGUGCUGACCUACAGGAUGCGGGGGUUCACCAGUUCACUCCUGUGAGUCAGCGGGUGACCCACUGCACGUACGCUCGGACAGGCCGACGCCUGGCCACGUUUACACGUCGGCCGGGGUCGAGCCUGUACACACUGACCACUGCUUCUCCUCCAGUCACUGCGUCUGGUCAGGUAGCUGCGUCGGGUCAGGUGUUUGCUGCAGCGUCCAGGUCUGGUCCUGAGUCUGCCCCCUGCUCGUGUCGCCUCCUGUCUCACGAGACUCUCCUCUGGCACCACCGCCUUGGUCACCCCUCCCUGCUUCGUCUCCGAGGCAUGGCCUCCCGUGUCCUUGUCUCUGGUCUUCCCCGGUCCCUCCCUCCCCUUCCUCCGGGGCCUGGCCCUACCUGCGUCUCCUGUGUCGAGGGGCGCCAGCGGGCUGCCCCUCACUCCUCCCAGUUUCCUCCGACAGAGGCCCCGCUGCAGACGCUUCACAUGGACGUGUGGGGCCCGGCCCGCGUCCGUGGACAGGAUCACGAGCACUACUUCCUGCUGGUGGUUGACGACUACUCGCGUUACACCACAGUCUUCCCCUUGCGCAGCAAGUGUGACGUCAAUGCGGUGUUGAUCGACUGGAUCCGCGCAGCUCGUCUCCAGCUCAGGCAGAGCUUCGACUCGGACUUUCCUGUUCUGCGUCUGCACUCUGACAGAGGCGGAGAGUUCUCCUCUGGCCUUCUGCGAGCCUACUGUCGUGCACGAGGCAUCCGCCAGACCUUCACGCUUCCGGACUCUCCACAGCAAAAUGGGAUUGCUGAGCGCCGCAUUGGCAUGGUCAUGGAUGUCGCCCGUACGUCCAUGAUGCAUGCGGUUGCCCCCCAUUUUCUGUGGCCGUUUCCGGUUCGAUACGCGGCGCAUCAGAUCAACCUUCACCCCAGGGUCUCCAUGCCGGAGACCUCCCCAGCUUUGCUGUGGACGGGGAAGGUUGGCGAUGCGUCUGCGUUCCGUGUCUGGGGAUCUCGGGCGUUUGUCCGCGACUUGUCUGCGGACAAGCUGUCCCCUCGUGCUGCUCCUUGCGUCUUCCUUUGCUUCCCCCCUGACGCGCCAGCGUGGCAGUUCUACAACCCCACCUCUCGCCGUGUUCUGUCCUCCCAGGACGUCACGUUUGACGAGUCGGUCCCCUACUACCGCCUCUUCCCCUACCGCACUCCGUCCCUCCCCCCGCCACCGCUCUUCCUUGUGCCAGGUCCCCCCCCGGUAGACCCCCUCCCCCCUCAGGGUCCUGCCCCUUCAGGUGUGUCCCACGUAGACGCAGUCGAGCCUGUCGAGGUUAUUGGUGACUCUGGUGCUGAUGAGGGUGCUGAGCCUAGGGGUUCCGACUCUCGGGGUGCUGAGCGUGUGGGUGCUACGCCUCGGGGUGCUGAGCCUGAGGGUGCUACUAAUGGGGGUGCUGAGCCUGGGGGUGCUGAGCCUGGGGGUGCUACCACUGAGGGUGCUGAGCCUGGGGGUGCUGAGCCUUGGGGUGCUACGCAUGGGGGUGCUGAGCGCAUGGGGGUGCUACGCCUGGAGGUGCUGAGCCUGGGGGUGCGGAGCCUGAGGGAGCUAGGCCUGCUCGUGUGGCGUCUGGCGGUGCUGGGCGUGGAGGUUCUCCGGGUGCUUCGUCUCGGCGGGAGCCACUCUCUCCACAGGAGCUGCGCGAGUGGUUUGCCCGGCGCUGGAGGCGUGCUGCCGGAGCUGGAGGUUCUUCGGCUGUUGAGGGUGCUGGUGCCGCGGGUCCCGGAGGUGCUCGUACUGGGAGUACUGGAGCUGCUGGGCCUGCCGGUACGACUGGAGUUGGAGCUGCUGAGGGUGUUUGCGCUGAGGCUACUGUCCUAG